AUGAGCCCCGAGCUGGUCCCGCCGCCGCCCCCCUGUCGCGGCUGCGACUGCGGGGAGCCGCUCGCCCAGCGGGUGGAGAAGGGCGACGAGGCCUUCCGCGCGGGCGAGUACGAGACGGCGGCCGAGCUCUUCCGCUCCGCCCUGGCCGGCCUGGCGCGGCCCGACCGCGGCCUAUGCCUGCGGCUGGGGGACGCGCUGGCCCGCGCCGGCCGCCUCCCCGAGGCCCUGGGCGCGUUUCGGCGCGGCGCCGCGCGGCUCGGGGAGUUGAGGCCCGACGAGCUGGGGGAGCUGGCGAGCGACCUGGCGUGCGUCCCAGGCCCGUGCGAGCGGCGGCCGCCAGUGGGGAAGCGGGACCGCGUCCCCGGGGAGGCGCCGAGCGGAUGGCCGUCGGCCUCGAUGCCCGCGGCACCUCGGGACCUGCUGGACUGACCGCGCUGCCAGCGGCUGCUGCACAAGCCGGUGACGCUGCCGUGCGGGCUCACGGUGUGCAGGCGCUGCGCUGAGCCGGGGCCGGGCCGGCCGCCGGUGCGCCGCGUCAACGUGGUGCUGAGCGGCCUGCUGGAGAAGUGCUUCCCGGCCGAGUGCCGGGCGCGCAGGCUGGCGGGCCAGGUGCGGAGCCUGCAGCGCCAGCAGCAGCCCGAGGCCGCGCUGCUCAGGUGCCACCAGGCCCUGGACCUCGCUCCUGGUGAUAAUUUGUUAUUGCUGCUGCGAGCAGAGUUGUAUUUAUCCAUGAAGAACUAUGAACAGGCUCUGCAGGAUGCCAGUGCCGUUUGUCAGAAUGAACCUCUCCUGCCUAAGGGACAUCACGUGAAAGCUCUGGCUCUUUCUGGACUGGGAAGAAGUAAGGAAGUGUUGAAGGAGUUUCUCUACUGCCUUGCUUUAAACCCUGAAUGUAACUCAGUGAAGAAAGAAGUGCAGAAGGUAACGUGUGAGGUGUUUUUCCCUGCUUCAGAAAACGUGCCUCAGAAUUUAACAUCUUCCAUCCAAAGCAGAAUGUUGAACACAAGAUUAACGGCUCAGUGUCAGAACCACAUAAGCAGCCAGGCUCCUGUGGAGGGAGGUGGCAGUGCAGGGAGUUCUAAGAAUCCAUCUGAGAAACAGGAUGUGGUUAGAAAUACCAAUUCUUCAGUGUUAUAUUUUAUACUGGGCCUACACUGUGAAGAGGAUAAGGAAGUGUUAGAAAGUUUUCUUCCAGCGGCGCUGAGCGCUGGUUUAAAGAGACAGUUUCCGAAUGAUUUGGAGGAUGCGCACGAUGUGAACGCCCCUGGAAAAAUUCCCAAGAAAGCGGCUGAUUCCUCACCCCAAAGGAACGUGAGCUCUAACGUAGGAGAAAGUGCAGAGCUCCUGAUAGACGUGGCUGAUUUUGAGUGUGCCCUUUGCAUGAGGUUGCUCUUUGAGCCUGUCACUACGCCCUGUGGACAUACGUUUUGCCUAAAAUGCCUCGAGCGCUGCCUGGACCAUGCCCCACAUUGUCCUUUGUGCAAAGAAAAACUCUCAGAAUUGUUGGCAAGCAGAAAUUUUCAUAUAACUACUCUGGCUGAAGAAUUAAUAUUUCGAUAUUUGUCAGACGAACUGUCUGACAGAAAGAGAAUUUAUGAUGAAGAAAUGACGGAGCUUUCAAAUCUGACCAGGGAUGUGCCCAUCUUUGUGUGUGCCAUGGCCUUCCCCACCGUGCCCUGUCCACUCCACGUCUUUGAGCCCCACUAUCGGCUCAUGAUAAGAAGAUGCAUGGAAACUGGCACCAAAUGGUUUGGCAUGUGUUUAUCUGCAGAGCACGCAGGGAUCUCAGAGUACGGCUGCAUGCUGGAGAUCAAGGACGACGUCAGGACGUUCCCCGACGGCAGCUCCGUCGUGGAUGCCAUUGGGAUUAGCCGCUUCCGGGUUUUGAGCCACCGUCACAGAGACGGCUACAACACGGCCGACAUUGAGUAUCUGGAAGAUGAAAAGGUGGAAGGUCCAGAGUAUGAAGAACUCACCGCACUGCAUGAUUCAGUUUAUCAGCAGUCUGUGUCCUGGUUUGCUUCACUUCAGGAUCACAUGAAAGAACAGAUUUUAAGCCAUUUUGGGUUAAUGCCCAACAGAGAGCCUGAGCCUCAGAGUAACCUUCGUGGUCCUGCCUGGUCCUGGUGGGUCCUGGCAGUGCUGCCCUUGGAGCGGAAGGCUCAGCUGGCCAUACUCGGCAUGACCUCGCUGAAGGAGCGUCUGCUCGCCAUUUGGCGAAUAUUAGCCAUCAUCACGCGUAAGAUGAAUAGCCGGCAAGAGCUGGUUAAUAGCCGGGAGAGAAAGAAUUGAUUUUCUCUCUCAGGGUUUCUGGAAGCCCUUGUAUUUUUAUGAGGAGUUCCAGGC